AAAUGCAGAUAUCGUAAUUUUCAAUAGAAAUAUUUAAAAAUUAAAGGCAAUGACCGCCGCUCGAUGAUUAUUUUUGUUCAGUAUUGUUAAUCCCAUUGUUUUCUACACUGUUCUGCAACCGUAGGUAUCCUUGAAUUUUUCCCGCCAUCCAAUUUUUUCGCUCCCGGCUUUCUUGUCGCUUUCCAAGAUCUGUUUUACAACUAGUACUUUAUUAUAGUAUCUACUGUCUGACCGGUGGCUACCGGCUGACUACAACUGUGUGGUUAUCGAAUCCCAAUCAGUGUAUCAUCCUCCGACCUGAGACUACACAUCACAGCAUAGGUUUGCCAUCGAAAUAUCUAAUCGACUCACCUAUCACCUUUCGCUACACGUGGACCUGUUGCACGUCGGCGAGUUGAGCGCACUGUUUUUCUUACGCACGUGUCUUACAGACUGUACAGACCUUAGCGAGAGCACAUAUUGGAAAUCAUUUUCAAAGUGGUCUUCAACCGGUAUCAUACAUUCAUACAUUAUGGGAUUGAUCGCUAUUAAUUGAUUUUGGAUAAACAUUUAAAAUCUUUCCGUAAAAGAACUAUUAUAUUAAAAUAUUUACAGUUACAGAAUGGCUAUUAUACAAUAUUUUCAAAGGAUACAGAAUCUACCAAUUCGAGAAUCGCAUAAAAUUUUGAGCCUCAAAUCAAUAUUUAAAGAUAUAUUAGACAUUCAAAUUGAACAAUGUUUUUACAUUGACAUUGGAGAACAUGAUAAUGUGUCCUCAGAAGAAUUAAAGAAAUUAGAAUGGUUGUUAACGGAUCCAUUAAAUCGUCAUGGACUAUCCAAGAGCAAUUAUUUAGAUAAAAAAGAUAAUAAUAGCAUUUUGAUUGAAGUUGGCCCAAGAUUGAAUUUUUCAACGCCUUUUUCAAGCAAUGUUUUAUCCAUUUGCAAAUCAAUCAACUUGAACUUUGUAAGACGUUUAGAAAAAUCCACACGAUAUUUAAUAACAUUCACAAAUAACCAUUUAUUAACAGUUGAAAUGACUCAAGAGUUAACUACUGCUUUAUAUGACAAAAUGACUGAAAUGGUUUAUACAUCUCCUUUGUUAUCAUUUAAAAGUCAAGACAUUAAAGAAAGUUGGUAUGAAGUUGAUAUACUGGGCAGAGGUGUUGAAGCUAUGAUUGAAGUCAAUAAAAAACUUGGUUUGGCAUUUGAUGAAUGGGAUAUUGAAAAUUAUACUAAUAUGUUUUUAAAAUCCAACCGGAAUCCUACUACCGUAGAAUGUUUUGAUUUAGCUCAGUCAAACUCUGAGCACAGUCGUCAUUGGUUUUUUAAGGGUGAAUUAAUUAUAAACGGAGAACCAAUAAAUAUUUCAUUGUUAGACAUGAUUAUUGAAACACAAAAUUUUUCAAACCCUAAUAAUGUUAUAAAGUUUAAUGACAAUAGCAGUGCUAUUAUUGGAUUUAAAGUCAAUCAAAUUAAACCAACAAAAUCAACUGGGCCCAGUCAAUAUAUUUCUAAGUUAUUAAAUUUAAAUUUAGUAUUUACUGCUGAAACUCAUAAUUUUCCAACUGGAGUUGAACCAUUUAGUGGAGCGUCUACUGGAACAGGUGGAAGAAUUAGAGAUGUCCAGGCUGUAGGAAGAGGUGGAAUUUGUAUUGCUGCUACUGCAGCUUAUUGCGUGGGCAAUUUAUUCAUUCCUGGUUAUGACUUGCCAUGGGAAGACAAAUCAUUCAACUAUCCCCAAAAUUUUGCCAGUCCACUUAAAAUACUUAUUGAAGCUUCUAAUGGUGCUUCAGAUUAUGGAAACAAGUUUGGUGAACCUGUUAUUAGUGGUUUUGUUCGCUCAUUUGGUAUGAUGGCGAAUAAUGAACGUCGCGAGUGGAUCAAACCUAUUAUGUUUACUGGUGGACUUGGCACAAUGCUGGCUGAGUUUACUACUAAACUUACACCAUAUGAAGGAUUACAAGUGGUGAAAAUUGGAGGACCCGUUUAUAGAAUUGGUUUAGGUGGCAGUUCAGCAAGUUCAUUCCAAGUUCAGGGAGUAAACAAGACUAGUUUAGAAUUUGAUGCUGUCCAAAGAGGUGAUCCAGAAAUGGAACAGAAAAUGAAUAGAGUUGUUAGAGCUUGUAUUGAAAAUCCCGGUUAUAAUCCUAUAUUAAGUAUUCAUGAUCAAGGGGCUGGUGGAAAUGGAAAUGUAUUAAAAGAAAUAGUAGAACCAGCUGGUGCUAUAAUUUAUGCAAAUAAAUUUGAACUUGGUGAUCCUACAAUUAAUGCAUUAGAACUUUGGGGAGCUGAGUAUCAAGAAAAUAAUGCUAUUCUUUGUGACGAAAAAGAUUUAGAAUUGUUAAAUAAAAUUUCUUUAAGAGAAAGAUGCCCAGUUUUACCUGUUGGUGUUGUUACUAACGAUGGAAAGGUCAUUUUAACUGAAGAUGAUAAUCCUAUUUCUGAAAAUGGAAAAUAUCCUGUAAACUUAGAUCUAGAUAUGAUUUUGACUAAAGUGCCACGUAAAGUUUUCAAACAGUCAUGGCAACCAAAAGACAAUGUACCCAUUAUUUUACCUAAUCUAACAGUUAUUGAAGCAUUGAACAGAGUGUUAAGACUUCCAUCUGUAGGUAGUAAAAGAUAUUUGACAAACAAAGUUGAUCGUUCUGUAACAGGUCAAAUAGCUCAACAACAAUGUGUUGGCCCAUUACAUACUCCUCUUAGUGAUGUCGCGGUUACUGUUGUUUCAUUAUUUGAUACAGUCGGAAUUGCAACUUCCAUUGGUGAACAACCUAUUAAAGGUUUACUUAAUGCAGGUAUUGGAGCUAGAAUGGCGGUAGCCGAGUCAUUGACGAAUUUAGUGUUUGCUCCUAUAUCAUGUUUAGAAGAUGUUAAAUGUAGUGGUAAUUGGAUGUGGCCUGCAAAAUUGCCUGGUGAAGGUGCAGAAAUGUUUUAUGCUUGUAAAGCUAUGUGUGAAGUAAUGAAACAACUUGGAAUAGCUAUUGAUGGUGGUAAAGACUCUUUGAGCAUGGCGGCUAAAGUUGGCGAGGAAAACAUCAAAGCACCUGGCUCUAUAGUUAUCUCAACCUACGUUCAAUGUGAAGAUGUAAGAUUAGUGAUCACUCCUGAUCUUAAAGGACCAAGACAAAGUCAUAGAAAUGAAGAUGCUAGUUACCUCCUAUUUGUAGACUUGUCUGGUGGUCAACGACGACUAGGUGGUUCAGCUUUAGCCCAAUGUUUUGGACAAUUAGGCACUAAUGCGCCAGAUUUAGAUGAUCCAAGCAUGUUGAAAAAAGCAUUUAAAUCUAUUCAAAAACUUAUCAAAAACCAAAAAUUAUUAUCUGGUCAUGAUAUAAGUGAUGGUGGGUUAAUAACAUGUCUCCUAGAAAUGGCUUUUGGUGGAUACUGUGGAUUCAAUGUGGAUUUGAAUAAAAUUAAAGAUAUAUCUAGUGGAAAUAUUAUAGAUAUAUUAUUUGCUGAAGAAUGUGGUUGGGUUUUAGAAGUAGACACAAAAAAUGUCGAUGAAGUACUUAUGGAAAUAAAUGUACCAAUAUAUGUUAUUGGUCGCACAUCAACAUAUGGUAACAAAUCUCGUAUUGUAAUAGAAAAAUCAGGGGAAACUAUACUUGAUGUUAAACUAACUGAAGUGUUCAAAAUGUGGGAAAGAACAAGUUAUGAAAUCGAAAAAAUCCAGUCAAAUGUUAUUACAGCUGCAGAAGAAUUUAAUUCUUUAGAAAACCGUUUAGGACCGGUUUAUUCUUGUAAUUUUGAAUUAAAUAAUCCAUUAGCUGUGCUAGAUGUACCUUUGAAAGUGGCAGUUAUCAGAGAAGAAGGAACAAAUGGUGACAGAGAAAUGAGUGUGGCUUUGUUUAAGGCUGGUUUUGAAGUAUGGGAUAUAACUGUCCAAGAUCUUUUAAACGAAGCAGUUAACAUUGAUCAAUUUAGAGGUUUAAUUUUCCCUGGAGGGUUUAGUUAUGGAGAUGUAUUGGGUUCAGCCAAAGGAUGGGCUGCAAGUUUAGCAUUCCAUCCCAAUGUUAAAAAGAGUUUAGAAACUUUCAUGUCUAAAAAGAAUACAUUCAGUUUAGGAGUAUGUAAUGGUUGUCAACUAAUGUGUAAUCUUGGAUUAGUUGGUGAAAUUAAUGAAAGUAAUUCAUUAAAUAUUGAUGAUCCUCCUGUAAUAAUGUGUCAUAACAAGUCAGGAAGAUAUGAAAGUCGCUUUAGUACGGUUAAAAUAAAUCCUUCAAAGGCUAUUAUGUUUAAAAACAUGGAUGAAAGUAUACUUGGAGUAUGGAUUGCUCAUGCUGAAGGUCGUUUUGAAUUCCGAAAUUCAGAUGUCAAAAGUGCUCUUGUUUCUAAUAAUUGCAUUCCCAUUACAUUUGUCGAUGAUCAAAAUAUGCCAACUGAAAAUUAUCCAAUGAAUCCUAAUGGUUCUCAAGAUGGCAUAGCUGGUAUAUGUUCAUUUGACGGCAGACAUUUAGCGUUAAUGCCGCAUCCAGAACGAAGUGUAUUCAUGUGGCAGUGGCCGUACACGUACGGGUUGGCAGAAAGGCUUAAAGAUCACAAUAGUGCCCCUUGGAUGCAGAUGUUUUACAACGCAUAUGAAUGGUGUUCCCAUAAUUAG